GUGUCAAUUAAAACGCGACCGGCUCCUGCAUGUUGUUGUUGGGUCGCAAUAUCUACGGACGGCGUUGAGAAGCGCGAUCGAUCAAGCCAAAAUCGCGUAAGGAUGUCCAAGCGAACGCUCUUCUUGUUGAGGCACGGAGAAGGUGCCUGGAACAAGGAGAACCGCUUCUGCAGUUGGGUGGACCAGAAGCUGAGCGAGGAAGGGGUAGCCGAGGCACGGCAGUGUGGCCUCCUGCUCAAAGAGCAGGGCUAUCGACUGGACGUGGUGUUCGCCUCGCUCCUGAGACGCUCUAUCCAGACCGCCUGGCUGCUGACCGAGGCCAUGGGUGACGAGUGGGUGCCGGUGGUCAAGUCCUGGCGGCUCAACGAACGGCAUUACGGCGCGCUGAUCGGGCUCAACAGGGCCGAGCUGGCACUGAACCACGGUGAAGAGCAGGUGAAGCUUUGGAGGCGGAGUUACAACAUCACGCCGCCUCCUAUCGAUGAGUCCCACCCGUACUUCUUUGAAAUAUACAACGACCGCAGGUACCGCACCUGUGACAUCCCUCUGGAAGAACUUCCACGUGCAGAGAGCCUGAAACAAGUGCUGGAUAGACUCUUGCCCUUUUGGUACGACGUCAUUGUACCAGAGAUCCAGAAAGGACGGACGGUCCUGAUUUCGGGUCAUGGUAACAGCUGCAGAGCUCUCCUCAAACACAUCGAAGGGAUCUCGGAUGACGACAUCGUUGGCGUUACUUUGCCCACUGGGGUGCCGAUUUUGCUCGAACUGGACAGUGACCUUAAAGCCACGAAGCCUCAUCAGCUCCUUGGGGACCAGCUGCAGAUUCAGGAAGCGAUUAAGAAAGUGGAGGACCAAGGCAAAGCUAAAAAACGGAAUUAAUCAGGUGUGCCUUUGUGCCAAGAGGUGCCGGAGUGCUUUCUUGGCGGAGAGACGGAUAAUCCUUUCAAACCCCCUGUUGCUUCAUUACGUAACAGCAAACGGCUCAUGGGAUUUCUCAUCGCUGAUACGAAAUGGGAAGAAGAGGUACACUGCUGCUGUAGUUUCACAGGGUGUCUGGGGAUUCAUGGAGUUUACACUGCUUCGUAGCACAAGUGUGCGAUUUUUUUCCAAUCACUUCACUUGCUCUUAGAAGGUCCUUUGCUGUGCAGAUUAUGCUAGAUGUGAUUUGACUCAAAAUAUAACCGAAAAUGGUUUGAACCAAGGUAUCCUGACAAGAGCCGAGCUACAAAAAUAUUAGAGUAUCACUAAACGUAAGACAUUAUUUUUUUAAAUGAUAGUGAGUGCUGGUACACGAGAGUUGAGAGGGUUUACAUAAUGUUCUAGACAGCCAAAGUAGAAAACAUGUUUUUCCUGACAGUUUAUAGAUCCACACAUUUUUAAAAGUAUUACUUACAGUAAAUUUUCUAGUCAAUCUUCAUUCCAGAUAAACAUUAAAAUCUUAAAAUUUUGUGUGAAAAUGCAAUGUACAUAGUCAGAUAGAUAAGAAUGAUCACUUAUACUAAUUUAUACAUUAUUUACAGGGUUCUAAAUAGAGUUUAUAGAUGCACAUAUAAAUCUUUACUUUUAGAAAGUCUAGAUAUAUCCGUGCUCUUGCAUUUUGUGUCGAUUUUAUAUGCUUUUAUUAUUUUCCUAAAAAGUAACCACUGUGACUUUGUGGAAUUGUCCUAUUUUGUAUUAUAAUGUGCCCUCAUGUUUAAGUUCUCUUCCUUAAUAGUGUCAGACAUCAGAGCAUAGCAAGGGACUUUUUACAUUGUACAGGUACAAGAUGUUGGAGCACUUGGACUGAUAUUAAGUCUAAAAAGUACUUUAUAGCACAAAAUCAUGCUGGUGUUAAUACACCUCUCUUAAAGCAGUCUUUCAUUAGUACUGUAAAGAUUAAAAUUAUCUUAAAUACAGUAUAUUGAUGUUUUAAGUAUAAUAGCAUAUUUUCUUUAGGUGUUUGUUUUACCAUGAGAAAACAGAAAAAACAGCCUUGACAUAGUUACAUUUUUAGCAUUCUUUUAUUUUUUCUGCAGGGAAAAACCAACAUUCAAGGCAGGGGUUCUGAACCCCCAUUUCUCUGCAGUAUAUGCAGACUUUUGUUGGAACUAGUGACCUUCAUAAAUCCUAAAUGUGCUAAUUUAAUUUCAAAACAUUAAUUUAAUUUCAAAUGUGCUUUUAUUUAAAAAAAAAAAUAGUUUUUUAUGUUUACGACAGUUAUCUGCUUUAAGUGUAAUAUGUUUCAUAAUGGGGGCAAGAAUAAAAGUCUGCAUUCCCUGUGGUUUACAAGGUCCGGAGCUGAAUACCUCUGUUCUGAAGCGCACACCUGCUGGUGUCAUGUGAAGAUGCUGUAUAGGGAAACACUAGUCUUAUGUACAUUCACAAUAAAGAAGCUUUUCUCUUUUGAAAACUGUGACCUUUAAAGAAAUGUGUGGGCUCAAGUCCAUUACGUAAGGGUUUGUACGUGAACACCACACCAACGUUUUGGUACAGGAUCUUGUGCUGCACAUGUGGGGCUACUUAAUUUGAGUUGGUUUGAAUGGAGUUCUAAAGCACUAGAAUGUGAACAUUUUAGCCCAGCUUUAUUUCAGUAGCCAGAAGGAGGAGCUACUGCAUUGUUUUAAGUCCAUAAGUGGACGCCCGGCUCGCUGCUGAACCUCUUUGCCUGCUUUCGCACUGUAUUCAUACUAACAAAACACUUUCUGCUGGAAAUUAGCAUGUUUAAAGGAGCUGGUGACAUUGACAACCA